UUACUAGGUGGGGUCUAUCAACAGUAUAAAUAUACUGUCUCUGCCUCUAUAACGCCCCUGGUCGGACCUCACUGAGACAAACUUCUUACCUCCAAAGCCACACGACAGACUCCACCAUGUCUUUGAUCCAAAGUUUCUUGCAGCAGACGGUCUACAUGGGCAUGCCCGAUGACUCAGUCCUGGCCAACGAGGGAACGGUGCACGAAGCACCCCAUUUCAGCGCCCAAGGAGAUGCAGCAGUCUUGGAUAAGGCCAUCAAGGCAAAAGGCGUGGAUGAGAACACCAUCAUUGAGAUUCUGGUGAAAAGGAGCAACAAGCAGAGACAGCAGAUCAAAGAGGCUUACCAGCAAGCCAGCGGCAAGCCUCUCGAUUCAGCUCUGAAGAACGCUUUGAAGGGAGAUCUGGAGGAUGUGGUGUUGGCUCUGCUGAAAACACCGGCCCAGUACGAUGCCCAACAGCUGAAAAUGGCCAUGAAGGGUCUGGGCACGAUUGAGGAAGUCCUUAUAGAGAUUUUGGCUUCCAGAACCAACAGAGAGAUCCUGGAUAUAAAGAAAGCCUACAAGGAAGAUUACAAGAAGGACCUGGAGGAUGACAUCAGGGGUGAUACUAGUGGAGACUUCAGAGCUGCACUCCUUGAACUCUGCAAGGCAAGCAGGACUGAAGGAGUUUGCGAGCAGCUGAUUGACAGCGAUGCCAGGGCUCUGUACGAGGCCGGGGAGGGGAGGAAGGGCAAAGACUGCUCUGUCUUCAUUGAGAUCCUCACCAGCAGGAGCGGCCCUCAUCUCCGUAAAGUAUUUGAGAGGUACACAAAGUACAGCAAGGUGGAUGUGGCCAAAGCUAUCGACCUGGAGAUGAAGGGAGAUAUUGAAAGUUGUCUCACAGCAGUAGUGAAGUGUGCUGGAAGCAGGUCUGCAUUCUUUGCUGAGAAACUCUACCUUGCCAUGAAGGGUAAAGGUACCCGCAAAAACACCCUGACUCGCAUCAUGGUUAGCCGUUCUGAAAUCGACAUGAAGCGGAUUAAGGAAGAUUACAAGAAAAACCACGGCACAACACUCUACCAGGAUAUUCUGGAUGACACUAAAGGAGACUAUGAGAAGAUUCUGCUCGCUCUCUGUGGGGGUGAAAACUAAUGGCUAAACAACGGGAUCAAGGCUGAUACAACUGAAGAUCCAUUAGCUAACCCAGCUAUGGAAAAUCACCUAUUAUCUCUUGACACAUAUUGUGCCUUAUGCUCUCGUGGAGAACUGACAUGACUGUCUUUUUUUGUGACUGUCAUUACAUUUAGAAGAUAUUAACAGCAAUGGGCAAAGAUUAACAUGGAAUCAGCACAGCUUCAGCAGAUAUAUUCUCUCCAAGUUGUUCUCUUUCAUUCCAACUUUGUUAUCUCAGCAUAGAUCUGACAGCAGUAGCCAGUGGACCUAUGCUUUGGUUUGGACUUAGCUUUACACUCUUUAGAUUCUCAAACCUGGUGCGUGAAUAGAAGCUAUGUCAGUGUACACAGUGCAGCGGCCAUCAGAUGUAACAGAUCACCACGUGCCAAUCAUAUUCAGUGGCUGCAGUAGGCCUACCCUUGAAGGAGCUUGGACAAAAUGCAAAUAAAGGCUUUGAGUUUGAA